AUGAUUCUAAGCCUGCUGAGUUCAGCUCGGCUAUUAAACACGUUUAUUGUUGCCUUGCUCAUCAUGCCUUAUUCUAAAAGAUCAAGAUUUCACCGAUUUCUUGAUGUGAACAGUCACAAAAUAGAGAGGACGAUAGAUGGAAUACAUGAAAAAUUGGUAGUUCAUUCUGACCUUGGAAAAGCUGCAAGCUGGAGAAGAUUAACACACAAAUUUCUGAACUCACCACUCCCAGGCAUUGAAGAAACAAAGACAGAUACACACUACUCCAUACUGUCUCUUCUGUUGUGUUUAUCUGAUUCUCCAUCCAACAACAACUAUGUGGAAAAACCAAGAGACAAAGAAGUGGAUUCCUUUUUGAGUGAUCUCUGCACAUUCCCUCGGCGGUGUUUUGAAUGCACUUUCAGCCCAUUCCAGGAAUGUGAAUAUGAAGAGGUUAUCUCAAACAGCACUAAUUACAAAAAGGAAGAAGAAUUUGACUGGGGAAAGUAUUUGAGGGAAGGAGAAGAAAUUUACUUUGGCCCUGGCGUAGAUACACCAGACUGGUCUGAAGAAAGUGAAGAAGAGGAAGACGCUCAGCCUUUGAGUAGGGAGGACUCAGGUAUCCAAGUAGACAGGACACCUUUAGAAGAUCAAGAUCCAAACAAGAAAACAGUACCUAAUGUUUCCUGGAAAGUCGGUGAACCUGAUGCUCGCAGCUGGCUGGAACAGCAUGUAGUUCCUCAAUACUGGACAGGAAGAACUCCUCGCUUUUCGCACAGUCUGCACUUGCAUUCCAACCUAGCUGCAGUCUGGGAUCACCACUUGUACACCAGUAAUCCUUUAUAUGUGCCAGAAGAAAGAACGUUAGUCACUGAAACUCAGGUUAUACGGGAAACUCUUUGGUUACUGUCAGGAGUGAAAAAACUUUUUAUAUUUCAACUGAAUGAUGGAAAAGUGGCUGUGCGGAAUGAUAUUAUUGUAACUCAUUUAACCCAUAAUUGCCUAAGAUCUGUAUUGGAGCAGAUAGCAGCAUAUGGUCAAGUUGUGUUUAGACUACAGAAGUUUAUUGACGAAGUGAUGGGACACAGCCCGGAAAACAUAAUGCAUGGAACCGUUUCUACUCCAAAGAAAACUACCGAAGCCCCUUUCAGAACCUACCAAGCUUUUAUGUGGGCCUUGUACAAAUAUUUUAUUAGCUUUAAAGAAGAACUUACUGAAAUUGAAAAAUGCAUUAUCAACAAAGAUAAAACAGUCACGCUUUCAAUAGUAAUGGAUAAGUUGUCUCCCCGACUGGCACAGCUGAAGGUACUUCACAAAGUCUUCAGCACAGGAGUAGCAGAAGUGCCUCCUGACACUAGAAAUGUUGUACGAGCAUCUCAUCUGCUUAAUACUCUCUACAAAGCUAUUCUUGAAUAUGACAGCGUUGGAGAAGCAUCUGAGCAAACGGUGUCCCUUCUGUUCUCUCUCUGGGUUGAAACUGUGAGGCCGUAUUUACAGACAGUGGAUGAGUGGAUAGUCCAUGGUAAUUUGUUUGAUCCUGCAAAGGAAUUUAUCAUUCAGAGAAACAAAAAUGUCCCAGUUAAUCACAGAGAUUUUUGGUAUGCUACCUACACGUUAUAUAGUGUGUCAGAAAAGACAGAGAAUGAAGAGAAGAUGAGUGAUAAUGCCAGUGCCAGUUCUGGCAGUGAUCAGGCCCCUUCAAGCAGGCAACAUACAAUGGUCUCUUUUCUGAAACCAGUUCUAAAGCAAAUCAUCAUGGCUGGAAAAUCCAUGCAGUUGUUGAAGAAUCUUCAAUGCAAAGAUGGUUCUCCUCAGCAAGCCGCGUCGAGAGAUGCUGAGAGAAAGAGUUUGUAUACGCUGUUCCUGGAAUCAGUGCAAUCUCGCCUGCGGCAUGGAGAGGAAUCUAUUCCGGAUAUUAUUACGGAGCAGCAGGCUACAAAGCAGAGUCUGAUAAAGAUGCAGUCUAUAGCAGAAAGACACUUAGAACUGGAUGACGUCCAUGACCCACUGCUGGCUAUUAAUUUUGCGAGAUUAUAUUUGGAACAAAGUGACUUUCAUGAGAAGUUUACUGGUGGGGAUGUUUGUGUGGAUAGAUCCUCAGAAUCGGUGACCUGCCAGACUUUUGAACUGACACUGAGGUCUUGCCUUUAUCCUCACAUAGACAAACAAUACUUGGAAUGUUGUGGUAAUCUAAUGCAAACUUUAAAGAAGGAUUAUAGGCUAGUAGAGUACUUGCAGGCAAUGAGGAACUUUUUCUUACUUGAAGCUGGAGAUACUAUGUAUGAUUUCUACACAUCCAUUUUUGACAAAAUUAGGGAAAAGGAAACUUGGCAGAAUGUUGCUUUUUUAAACGUUCAACUUCAAGAAGCAGUUGGGCAACGCUAUCCAGAGGAUAGUUCAAGAUUGUCUAUAUCAUUUGAAAAUGUUGAUACAGCGAAGAAGAAACUCCCUGUCCACACCUUAGAUGGUUUGACAUUGAGUUAUAAGGUUCCCUGGCCUGUGGACAUAGUUAUAAGCUUAGAGUGCCAAAAAAUUUACAAUCAAGUUUUUCUGCUCUUACUACAGAUAAAGUGGGCCAAGUACAGCCUAGAUGUUUUACGAUUUGAUGAGCUGCUCUGUGCUGCGGAAAACCCACAGGUUAAGGAAGGAACUUUAUUAGAACAAGGAACGCUUCCUCUGUUCGGAUCGCAAACAGAGUGUAUAAAACAACAAAUACAUCGCAUGUUCCUCUUAAGAGUGAAACUUAUGCAUUUUGUUAACAGCCUGCACAACUAUAUCAUGACGAGGAUUCUUCACAGUACAGGCCUGGAGUUUCAGCAUCAGGUAGAAGAAGCCAAAGAUUUAGAUCAGUUGAUAAAAAUUCAUUACAGAUAUCUAUCGACUAUCCAUGAUCGCUGCCUAUUGAGAGAAAAGGUGAGCUUUGUGAAAGAAGCUAUAACGAAAGUGUUAAAUUUAGUAUUGAUGUUUGCAGAUCGUUGGCAGGCUGGUUUAGGGGCUUGGAAGAUGGAAUCCAUAGAGAAGAUGGAAUCUGAUUUUAAAAACUGUCACAUGUUUCUUGUAACUAUUCUAAACAAAGCUGUCUGUAGAGGCUCUUUUCCUCAUUUGGAAUCUUUAGCUUUGUCACUGAUGGCUGGCAUGGAACAAAGUUAACCCCUGAAUGAGUUGAGUUACUAAGGAACUUAAAGCAGCAUUUACUUUCUACUUUUUGUUUAAAAAAAAAAAAGCAUUUUACACUGUUUUGAAAUGUGUAUAACUAAGUGACACAACUUGGAGUGGUGUGAAAUAUUUUAAUAUGUAAAUGAUGUACAGGCAUUUAAGUGCAUUGGUAGUAGCUGUAUUUUUCUGUGUAUAUGUUUUGAUAUCAAAAAUCAUGUGCAGUGUAAAAAUACAUGCUGUGAUUCAAAAAUAUGUAAAAUGUUUUUCAUCUUGUGAAAAGGGAUUUUUUUCAUUAUGAGUAAUUGCUGAUGAUUUACAGUUUCCAUUAGUUUUGCAGCUUUGUAUAGGCCACGCAAUAGUGUGAAGUGGUGUGACUCAAUUCUUACUGUUACCUGAACGACUGGUUUGAGUUCAUCCUUGCUUUUUUUGUCUAAAAGAGAAUGAGAAGCUUCAUUUUAUUUGCUUAAUGGUUCUUAAGAACUCUCUGGGCACAAUUCUUAUUGUUAUGAUAAGCUGAUGUAAAAAUACAUCAAUAACUUACCAAAAUGGAUUAUUGCAGACCAUAAAAUACCAAUAUUUCUGCUGUAAAAUGAUCAAAUGCCUACUAAAAUGCCUAAACUCUUGUCAGUUUAAGCAGGAUCGGGAACACAACGUGUAAUGUAUUAAUUUUAACUACUGGAUUAUUGAGAUAUUUCAGAGGUGGUCAGACAUGGCCUGACCCUUCUCCUGCUUCUAAACUACUGCAACCAAACCUUUCAUCAGUGUGCUUCUAAUAGGUAAUCUCAUGUAGAGAGGUAGGUCAUAAUACUGAAGAGGCUAUACGUUCGGAAAAGUAAAUGCAGAGCUUGUUCACAUGAGAUAGCAUGCCCUGUCUCCUCCCCACUGAAAAUCGUCUAUAGUUCUGGGGUCAGUAAACCUGCAUAAAAAAAGAGAAUCGUAGCUCUUUUCCUCUUUAUUUAAUGGAAUAAAUAAAUUUGAUAAUUGUCA